UCAGGCCGCGCGGCGGGCGGGCCGCGACUGGGAGUGGCUGCCGGACCGACCGGACCGCGAGGCCGCUGGGCGGCGGUCGGCUCCUGCUGCCUGGUCCCGAGACCCCCGCACCUGGCCAGGUCCCUGGCCCCGACAUGGCACGUCGCUCACAGAGCUCGUCCCAGGGGGACAACCCCCUGGCACCCGGGUACCUGCCGCCCCACUACAAGGAGUACUACCGCCUGGCAGUGGACGCACUGGCCGAGGGGGGCCCAGAGGCCUACAACCGGUUCCUGGCAUCAGAGGGGGCACCGGCCUUCCUCUGCCCAGAGGAGUUGGAGCAUGUGAGCCGCCACCUGCGGCCCCCCCAGCACGCUGUCCGCGAGCCGCCGGAGGGCAGCCCCCCUGAUGCAGACUUUGAUGGCUCCUCGGGCACCUACUGGCCCAUGAACUCAGACCAGGCAGUACCCGAGCUCGACCUGGGCUGGCCGCUGACCUUCGGCUUCCAGGGCACGGAGGUCACCACACUGGUGCAGCCCCCGCCGCCCGACAGCCCCAGCAUCAAGGACGAGGCCCGGAGGAUGAUCCGCUCAGCACAGCAGGUGGUAGCAGUGGUGAUGGACAUGUUCACCGAUGUGGACCUGCUGGGGGAGGUGCUGGAGGCAGCCGCGCGCCGGGUGCCUGUCUACAUCCUCCUGGAUGAGGUGAACGCAGAGCACUUCCUGGACAUGGCCGACAAAUGCCGCGUCAACCUGCACCAUGUGGACUUCCUGCGCGUGCGCACCGUGGCGGGCCCCACCUACUACUGCCGCACGGGGAAAUCCUUCAAGGGCCACGUGAAGGAGAAGUUUCUGCUUGUGGACUGUGCCGUGGUGAUGAGCGGGAGUUACAGUUUCAUGUGGUCCUUUGAGAAGAUCCACCGCAGCCUGGCGCACGUGUUCCAGGGCGAGCUGGUGUCCAGCUUCGACGAGGAGUUCCGCAUCCUCUUCGCGCAGUCGGAGCCGCUGGUGCCCUCGGCCGGGGCGCUGGCCCGCAUGGACGCCUACGCGCUGGCGCCGUACAUGGGGGCCGGACCCCUCCUCAGCAGCCAGAUGGCCGCCGCGCCGACCCCCUUUUCCUUCCCCAAGCGCGCACACCUCCUGUUCCCGCCGCCCCGGGACGAGGGCUUGGGCUUCCCGUCCUUCCUCGACCCCGACCGCCACUUCCUGUCCGCCUUCCGCCGGGAGGAGCCCCACCCGGGGCUGCGGCCGCUGGCGCGCCGACUGGACGCGGAGCCCGUGGAGCUGGCGGGCGCGCGUGGCUUUUUCCAAGCGCGCCACGUGGAGCUGGACGCCUUCAAGCGGCACAGCUUCGCGGCCGACGGUGCGGGCGCCGUGGAGAACUUCGCGGCACGACAGGUGUCGCGGCAGACGUUCCUGAGCCACGGCGACGACUUUCGCUUCCAGACCAGCCAUUUCCACCGUGACCAGCUCUACCAGCAGCACUACCAGUGGGACCCGCAGCUGGCGCCACCGCCACGCGCGCACGGCCUCUUCGAGAAGCUGCGUGCCGGCCGCCCGGGGUUCCCAGACGCCGAUGACCUGGCGCUGAGCGCCGCGCCCCGCUUCCCCGAGCUCGGCCUGGACACGCCGCAGCGGCUGGACUACGUGCCGUCCAGCGCCUCGCGUGAGGUGCGCCACGGCUCGGACCCCGCCUUCGGGCCGGCACCUGGCCUGCGCGGCCCGGACCCCCGCCCCAACCUCGGCCAGCGCUUCCCGUGCCAGGCCGUGGCGAGGCUGGGCGCAGAGGCGGCGCCCGACGCCGACCCCGAGCGCCGCGCCGGGCCCGAGGGCCGCGCCGGCCUGCGCCACUGGCGCCUCGCGUCUUACCUGAGCGGCAGCCACGGCGAGGACCCAGCCGAGGAGGGGCUGCCCGCGCCCAUGGACGCGGAGCCCUACGAGGAUGACGCACUGUCCGGCGGCCGCAGCGGCCCCGCAGGUGACCCGCAGGUGACCUUCCGCCUGCCCGCAGCCUUCCCGCCCAAGGGCCCAGCGCCCGGCGGGGGCGGGGGCGAGGGCGCCGAGCGCGAGGGCCCAGAGGACGCAGGCCUGUCCAAGCAGGACUCGUUCCGCUCGCGCCUGAACCCGCUGAUCCAGCGCAGUUCGCGCCUGCGCUCCUCGCUCAUCUUCAGCUCCUCGCAGGCCGAAGGCGCAGGCAGCGCCGCCACCACCGAGAAGGUGCAGCUGCUGCACAAGGAGCAGACGGUCAGCGAGACGCUGGGCCCUGGCGGCGAAGCCGUGCGCACGUCUGCCUCCGCCAAGGUGGCCGAGCUCCUGGAGAAGUACAAGGGUCCAGCCCGCGACCCCAGUGCUGGGGGCGCCGUCACUGUCGCCAGCCACAGCAAGGCCGCGGUGAGCCAGUCGUGGCGCGAGGAGGUGGCUGGCCCGGGCGCCGCAGGCAGUGAGCGCCGCAGCCUGGAGAGCUGCUUGCUGGACCUGCGGGACUCGUUCGCGCAGCGGCUGCACCAGGAGGCCGAGAGGCAACCCGGCGCUGCGACACUCACAGCCACGCAGUUGCUGGACACGCUGGGCCGCGGUGGCACCGACCGGCUCCCCUCUCGCUUCCUCUCCACGCAGGGGCGAGACAGCCCUCCGCCAGAGGUGCUGCACUUGGACCCAAAGGGAAGCCCCACGCCAGGGUUCCCCCCUCCGAGAGGCAGUUCGACUGAGCAGAAGGCCAGUCCCACCUCCGGUUACCCGGAGCGCAGGGGCAGCCCGGUGUCACCCGUCGCUGAGCGCAGGGGCAGCCCAGUGCCGCCCGUAGCCGAGCACAGGGGCAGCCCGGUGCCACCCGUGGCUGAGCGCAGGGGUAGCCCGGUGCCGCCCGUGGCUGAGCGCAGGGGCAGCCCGGUGCCCCCCGUGGCCGAACGCAGGGGCAGCCCAGUGCCUCCCGUGCCUGAGCGCAGGGGCAGCCCUGUGCCCCCCGUGCCUGAGCGCAGGGACAGCCUCACUCUCUCCUUCCCUGGGGAGUCUCCAAAGCCCGGGUCCGCCGAGGAUGCCGGCGGCACCAUGGACGUCCUGCGUAAGGGCUCCUUGCGCCUCCGGCAGCUGCUGAGCCCCAAGGGCGAGCGGCGCACUGAGGAUGACGGCAGCUUCCCCGCUCCGCAGGAGAACGGGCAGCCCGACAGUCCCCGGCGGCCGUCCCUGGGCCGAAGCGACAGCUCGGAUCCUGCUGCCGGAGAUGAGCGCAGCCCACGGGCGCGCCUGGCCUCAGCCACAGCCAACGCCUUGUACAGCAGCAACCUGCGGGACGACACCAAAGCCAUCCUGGAGCAGAUCAGCGCGCACGGGCAGAAGCACCGCGGCCCCGGCCCCGGCCCCGGCCCAGCCCACAGCAGCCCCGAGCUGGGCCGCGCCCCCGCAGGCAGUGGCCUGGCCCCGGACAUGUCCGACAAGGACAAGUGCUCGGCCAUCUUCCGCUCGGACAGCCUGGGGACUCAGGGCCGCCUGAGCCGCACGCUACCCGCCAGCGCCGAGGAGCGCGAGCGCCUUCUGCGCCGCAUGGAGAGCAUGCGCAAGGAGAAGCGCGUCUACAGCCGCUUUGAGGUCUUCUGCAAGAAGGAGGAGCCUGGCAGCCCCGGCGCGGCCGAAGGCCCCUCCGAGGAGGACACCAGGGACAGCAAAAUGGGCAAAUUCAUGCCCAAGAUCCUGGGCACUUUCAAAGGCAAGAAGUGAGAGUGGAGCCCACAGCGCGGACCUCGGGGCACACCCAGGAAGUGGCUGAACUGGCCCCAGCGCCUCUCUGGUUCUACCCUCCCUCCCUCUCUCCCCAUCACUCAGGGACCAACUGCCUUAGCCCACCCGGUCGGUGCCCUGCCCCUCUGUGCCUCAGCCUCCUCUCGGGGCUCGUGCGCUCGGGUUCCCCAGCCCCGUCCUCUGCUGCAGCCGCGCCUGGUGCCCCAGGACCCCUCUCCACCUGGAGGCCAGCUCCCCGCUGCAUCUACUGCCUUAUUUGGGGGCCCCCCUUGGGGCCCAGCUGCUGGUUAUAAGAGACAAGUGGGACCAGAAACAGGAUAAGUCCAAUGAGGUGACAGAGAACCCCUGUAGCCGCAGAUUUGGGGCCCUCACAACUCUGGCACGUGGCACAGGUGCCAUCCCCGGCCACACUCCACAGGGGCUGAGUCAGGUGAGGGCUGAGGGUGGCCACAGCUGCUGCUCUGAGGGUCCCGGUACUGAGCCUUGUCCCCGUGCCUUUCUCACCACCAGAGUGUCUUCAGUUUGGAAUGACUCAUUCUAGUGCCAUUUGCUUAGAAAGUUUCUCAGUGCAGGUGCUAGUGUUGGCAAAUUUAUUUUUGCUAUUUGUGGGGGGGCGUGGCACACCCAGCGAUGCUGGGGGUUACUCUUGGUUCUACACUCAGAAAUUACUCCUGUCGGUGCUCUGGGGGGUGGGGGUGGGGACCAUAUGGGAUGCCAGGAAUUGAACCUGGGUCAGCCACAUGCAAGGCAAAUGCCCUACCUGCUGUAUUAUUGCUCUGGCCCCAGCUUUGGCUGUUUAUUCCUGAGUAUUUUUUAAGUAAAAAUAUCUCCAGUCAUUCAGGCUGAGUAAAGAAUUAAAAAGCAGGGCUGGAGCAGGAGUACCCUGGGGAGGUCACUUGCUUUGCACGCCUUCAACCCAAAUUCAGUCCCCAAUUCCCCAUAUGGUUCCCUGGCCCACCAGGAGUGAUCCCUGAACACCACUGAGUGUGGUCUAAAACCCAAAACUUAAAAACUACUGUCACAAUGUUUGGGGAGUGGAGGUAGUAGGCACAGUCAUGAGAGCCACCAUUAGGUGAGGGCUGGGCAGGGCCGCCAGGGCCCAGAGUUGUCCCUGGACCUUGGUUGUCCCCAGGCAGCCGGGGGGAGCCCUAGGUGGGUCCAGGUGCUGCCAGAAGAGCCCAGUGGGCAUCCUUUCCAGGACAGGCCAGAGGCGGGCUCCAUGCAGGAGCCUCGUGUCUGCUCUCCCACCUCCUCAAAUGUGAUUUCCUUCCUGGAGUCAGCAAUAAAGCAGCACACCUAUGA